AGUAAAUAGGAGUAUAUUGCCACAUCGACAAACGUAUCGACUGUGGUCUUGGAGGCAACCUCGGAAAUGGCAGCCGUGUUCAGAUGAGAAAGAUACCCGUCAAGAAGCCAGAUCGCCCACGUCUAAACCCUCAGUCGGUGAAUGAGGUCGUGUCCGGCCACCCCCCCCAGGAAAGCCUUAUGCUCCUUAGCCUGGACCAGAGAAUCCUCCACUACGGCGCGAACCCUAGGCUGAUCAUCCGUCGUCAUAAAAUAGAGUUGCAGAGGGUAAGAUCCAGUGAGUUGCUUUUUUCCCCUAGGAUUUCCUUGAAUCUUGCUGACUGGGGGCUGAAUCCUUGGGUCCGGUUCAAUAGUCGCAUGGAUUUCAAGUGUAGACUGCAGAGGGUCGGGGAGGCCUCACUAGGGGCGGGGGUAAAACAUUUAGCACAAUGCUUUACAAGGCAUUCUAUAGCUGUGCAACGUAGUGGCAACACAAUUUGCACAAGCGGGCAACCUCUUUCUCUGUCUAGAUUGUGACUGCCUGGUGUUGUGCAAUAUAGAGUUUUGGCAACAUGGUAAUCUCCAAUUGAUGAUACGGGAAGAAACAAGACGAUGUAACUCUGGGUGUUUGGUUACCUUACUCCGUACCGAACUGCGAGUUCCGAU